AUGGCCGUUUCUGGUUUAAAUAGCCGUCAUCAGCCACUCAUACCCAGACCCAAGUGGUAUCCCAUCCUAGCCUCGACAGAGGCUCUGAGAGCUGUAGCAGCUGGAGUCAGUUCAAUGAACCGCCAGCAGGCUGGUCAACGUUCUGUACCACUGGCAACCUCUAUGCCCUCUGACAUGAAUCAUUUUCCCUCGCCCGACCGCACCUACAUCGACCAAGAGGGCACCGUUCGUCGACUGAGCUCCCUUCAACGUGAAAAGCUCAGUCAGGAUUUGAUGGUGGUCCAGACUAACGUCCACAUCCUCAAUGACAUGCUCACUGAGCUGCAACCAGACUCUGUCAAUCCCGACGACCUUGAGCUGCUGCAGGGGAAGGAGUGUGGUUACCAUUACGUUGAGGAGGAUUAG